CCCAAAGGGUCGUCAGGGGUCAGAUCAGAAAUUUGCUAAAGUACAGUACAUGACGCUCAAACUUAUAGCCAUGGUCUCUCGGACAUGCUCCACUCAACUCGCCUGUCACAAGCCAGGAAUAAGCGCCUAGUGGGAUAGAUGCAACACCAGCCUUGCACAUCAACCGCUUUAAUUUCUAAAAAUCCUUAUAAAGACAUCAUCCACUGCCAUGGAGGCCGAUCUCUCAAACCUAUGUUUUUUUUCCAGGGAUCAGAGUAUUGGAUAUAGUGUUUGUCGUGGUAUUGCGAAGCACAUAUCUCCCCUUGGCGGUCGCUACAAUGCUCUCGAAUCCAAAUGCUCGGAACCCACAAUUCAAGAUUGGGAUUCUCGCUGCCUUGCCCCUAGAAGCACACGCUAUCAGAGGGAUAUUCGGUCAUAUCGAUGGCGAAGAUGCGGAGACCUAUGCAGCCAGAACUUUCAUCAAAGCUCCAAUGGAUAUGAACUCUUAUACCACUGGCAAGAUUGCAAAUCACAGGGUCGUUCUCGCACACAUGCCGGGAAUGGGCAAGGUGAAUGCAGCAGCAACAGCAGCGGGCUUACAAGCAAGCUUUACCGAGCUGAAGCUUGUUCUGAUUGUCGGAAUCUGUGGUGGGGUCCCGCAAGCCCAAGGUCAAAUUCUGCUUGGCGAUGUUGUGAUCAGCAAGAACAUUGUACCGGCCGAGGAUGCCAUCUUCCACCCAUAUGGCCCAGGGCCAGAAAUCACCGAGCAACCAGAUUUUGGAAGACCUACGUCGGUAGUGCGAUCGUUGUUGGCCAAGCUUGAGGAUCAGAAGACGGACCUCGAGAAGAUAACAUGCAGACAUCUGGACUGCUUGCUCCAGAAGCCAGGGUUUGCACAGUCGCGGUAUCCCGGGGACACGGAAGACCAGCUUUUCCGGCCGGACUAUAUUCACAAGCACCGUGACCCGCACGACUGCGACUGCGUCCAGCCGGGGAAGUCUUGCACUAUUGCAAAGCACUCCUCGUGUGACCAGCUCGGCUGCGAGCCUGAGUAUUUGAUUCCUCGGGGUCGCGAUGAAAGUACCACGACACUAAUGCUUCAUUUUGGCCCCGUUGCAUCUGGAGAUCAAGUCUUAAAAUCCGGCCAGCACCGUGACAGAGUUGCAAAGACCAAGAAAGUUAUUGCUUUUGAGAUGGAAGGGGCAGGGGCUUGGGACUAUUUGCCAUGCCUCAUUGUCAAGGGUGUAUGCGACUACGCAGAUAGUCACAAGAACAAGAAGUGGCAAAAGCAUGCCGCAGCCGCUGCUGCGGCCUGUGCACGGGCUGUUCUAGAUCUAUAUGAGAGCUCUAUAGAGCAGGAUGAAGGAAUGACACCAUUACAGCAAAGAUCAGUAGCAGAAUCUCGCGUCUUAUAUUAUGACGAGAUCAUGGGACUCAAUCAACAAGCAUAUUUGCAAAUCGAAACAGCUGAGGAAAAGGCCACUAUGAAAUCUCUGCGAAGCGGACCAGCUCUUUUCGACAGGCUUCCCUGUAUUUCAGAGACGGUUUACAACCACUAUGAUAGACAACAUGACCCCUUAUGUCUCGAAGGGACUCGGACGGCCGUUCUCAAAGACAUUUCCGCAUGGGCCGAUAGCCAGAACAGCAAUAUGAUAUACUGGCUGACUGGUUGGGCAGGGAUAGGCAAGUCGACAAUAGCUCGAACGGUUGCUCAUACUUGGGGAGCUCAAGGCCGUCUCGGGGCAACCUUCUUUUUCGAUAAAGUUCCAGGCGGCGGCAAGCGUAGCGCACGCGAGUUCAUUACAACUAUUGCUUAUCAGCUUUCCAGUGAAUUCCCAGUCCUCAUUUCUUUAAUCUCCGAAGCGAUGGUCAAAGACCCUAAUAUCUGCAUCAAGUCGCUUGGGGAUCAGUGCCAAAAGUUGAUCUUGAGAUCCAUAUCAAGAGCUCGGUCUAUUUUGAACGGACAACCGAUUGUGCUCAUUGUCGAUGCUCUUGACAAUUGCGAGACUUCUGAGAUGGGUAUCGUCAUUCGCUUGCUUGGGGAUAUCAGUUCGGCUGGUGUACGAGUCUUUAUAAGUAGUAGGAUGACACCCACCAUAUCUUUCCACAGACGAAGCGAACACGAUGGUCGGUUCCGUGCUUUUGAGCUGCCAGAUAUCCCUAGGGAAAUCAUUGAUCAGGAUAUUUCGCUUUUCUUUCAACGAGAGCUACAGCAGCUGAACACAAACUGGGAAGAGGGAGAUAGCCUUCAACAGCUGGUUGACAGAAUCGGAGGUAACUUUCUCUGGGCGACAAUGGCUACUAGGUAUAUCCGAGAAGUUCCUGGGCUAUGUGGCCGAAGAUUAUCGAUGCUGCUAGAUUCUGGAGCCACGGUUUCGCCCAUCGAAGCUCAAUUUGAUGACAUGUAUCUUGGCACUCUGAGCGAUGCAAUGCCAUCAAACCUGAGCAGUGAAGAGAGCAGCAUAUACUAUGGCUUGCUGCGACGUUACCUAGGCGUCAUAGUGGUGCUGUUCGGGGAAAUAGCUCCCGCUUCGUUCUAUGAACUAAUCGGCCUAGAAGGAGAUGGGUCUGGGGCGGAUGGCAUCGACGUCCAUGAGGUUUUGAGGAAUUUACAACCAAUCAUGGAUAUUUCAGAUGACAGACACAACAAGGAAUCAUUGAUCCGUCUGCAUCAUCCACACCUGAGGUCCUUUUUCACGAGUCCCACAAGAUGUACCGACGAGAGGUUCCUCGUGGACCCAAAACAGGCUCACUACGACGCUCUGCACGGUUGCUUAAAGUUACUUUCAGGCGUCUUUGAGCGAAGCCAGAAUGAAACGGGAAACUUGAGCUCAGAUCAACGUGAUCACAUGGUCGACACAGAAGAUGCUUGCACUGUGUGGGAAUGGUCACCCGCAGCGCGCUACGCCUGCCGUUACUGGGUGAGGCAUCUUAAGAGCAGCGGAGCGGAAGUUCACCCUGGCGACCCUGUCUCUCUCUUUGUCAAGAAUCAUGUUAUCUGCUGGCUUGAGGCACUGGUACAGAUGGGGUCGACUGACGAAGCGUCGAAAGACUUGGAAUGUUUGGCUUCCUUUAUCUCGGAUACGCAAGCAUAUGAGUUUGGCACAUCUCUGAGAGAGCUGAGCCGUUCAUUCGCAGACCGAAAGGCACAGAUUGAGCAAGACCAUUCGAUGAUCAAUCAGCUUACCAUGGAAAACUUGGACAGAUAUGAUGGCUGAGGCUUUCCCGCCUUGAAACAUUGACCUUGAGACAUUGACCGGUAUCUUAGGAGUGGUACUUGCACAGAGUUGACUCCCGUUUUGGUUUGUUUCUGGGAAGUCGACUCUAUUACAACAUCCAUUAUGCUUGGACCGUAGCCUGCCCGCGGCCUCACGCUAUGGAAUAGCAUUUUGGGUUAUGAGUCAUGUCAGUCAAGGAUCGGAGAUCGAUUGGCUGCCAGUGAAUUGUAUUGCUGAUCAAAUCUACUGCCCAAGCCCAUUUGGAAUCCCAACAAUUCACACUAAGCAUGCCUAGGCGGUACCGGAAGGAAUUGGCAAUCUUCGUCUGCAACUG